GAGAGAACGAGAGAGAGAGAGAGAGAGAGAGAAAGGAAACCAUCGCUCGAAUUGUAAUGAAAGUUAAGAUUUUUUCGCCUAGAACACAUGAAUUAAUUGUUAUAAUGUUGACAAAUUAUCGUGAGGACUGUUUAAUCGACUAUGAUGAAAAUGAGACCAUCCUGCAUCAUAUUUGAGGCCUAUAAAACAGAAUAUUUCCUUGCCGUAACACCAGUAAACGCAAAUACAUAACUACGACUACUUAAUCUAACUAAACGGAGAAGCAUUUAUUUAUAGGCUUAAUUUACUUGUCACAAAUAGCGUCAAAAUCUCUCAGUUUUCAUAACGUGCGCUAUAAUAUUUUACAAAAAUUUCUGGAAACAAGGAGAAGCUCACCACGGCUGGGUAGCCUUUAAUUUUAGGUUCACUAGAUUAAAACUGAUCUGAGGAUAAACAACACGAACGACAAAUAUUUUCACAGACUUAUAAUAGAAUGAACUCUACGGACUUCCAGACUUUCGCCAAUGAUUUGGCACACUAUUCAGGGUAUCCAUUGAUUAUAAUCGGGGUGUUAGGAAAUAUUCUUUGCAUUUUCGUCCUAUUUCGACCCAAGAUGAAAGAAUCGAACAUUAGAACCUAUUUAAUAGGACUUUCUUUUAACGAUAUCGGUGUUUUCGUCAUUUUAAUGAUUGACAAAUGGCUUAGGCAUUCGUAUAGAAUCCAAUUACGAUUAACAUCGCAAUUUGCUUGUAAACUACUGCCGUUUCUGGAUAAAUACGUAUUGGAAACGUCAUCUUUGAUCGUACUGUUGAUCUCAAUUGAAAGGAUGGUUGCUAUCGUUUUUCCUAUUAGAUAUUAUAAUCUAAAAAGUAAACACCAACGAUUCGUGCUGUGUAUUAUGUUCUUUAUUCUAGUCGCUUUCAAUUCCCCUGCUCUAUAUUUCUACACAUUGAAUCAUUCUAAGUGCUAUGAUUCUGCACCAAAAUACUUCAUCAAAAUUAAAUACAUCAUCUUUUACAUAUUCUACUGGAUUUUACCUGUCAUUGGACUGUUGAUUACUAACGGGAUUAUAUUAUAUUGUUUGAAGAAACGCUCUGACUCGGUUAAUAUAAAGGCGAAGCAGCAAACUUUUUUGAAAUUAAAGCAAAAAGUUAAAGAAGGACUUUAUUUACUUUUUAUGAUCAGUGCUUUGUUCUUGCUGUGCACAAGUCCAUUUGCAAUAUGUGGAAUAGUGAUUACGACAUACAAAGGGAACAAGAAUACAACAUUUGCCAAGAAUGUAUUCGCUGUUUAUGUUUUGGCACAUUUCUUUUCUUAUUUCAAUAAUGCUUUGAACUUCGCUGUCUACAUGCUGGCAUCUUCAAGCUUUCGACAAGAAUUAAAAGGUUUUCUAAGAAUUAAAAGCAAAUGAAGAAAGCAUCGUCAUUUAUAUAAUAUUCAUGAUUGUGGAUUAGUACAAGUAACUAUCGCAGACACAUCUAGAAAUGUUUGGAACUGAUCAAAAUAAUAUAACAGAAAUAUGGAAUGCUACUGAUAUAAACAACAUCGUAAAGAGACAAGCGUUGAAUUUAAAACUAAAUAACUCCAAAAGAAUUCAACUUUCAUAUAUGAUGAUAUAAUUACUAAUUAUGGUGCAAUUGAACAUCUGAAGUUGAUGUCGUUUAACUAAACUCAAGGAUAAUUAUAAAGAAUAAAUUUAACGUAGAAAUUGAGUCUUUGCUAAAAUAUUCUGGCAUUGAAAUUAUUGAAUCCAUUGGUAUAAAACUCAAACUCUUACAAGUGUUAUUGGUUUUGCUGUAUCUAUGAGUCAGGCCAACCUGACACCAGGGCAAGUUGCAUCAAACCAAACCACCAUCUAUUAACUUUUUCCAUAUUUUUUUUUUCAUUCCCCGAACUGUGAAAUCAAUAUUCUUCUGGAUUAUAUCGUAAAUUCACUAUCAUAUUUUUAAGUGUAUUUCAGGUGCUACACCAAAGUCAAAAAUUUAAUAAAUAUAUAUUUUUAAAAUUCUUAAUAUAUAUAUAUAUAUAUACAUAUAUGAAUGCGCCGUGCGUGUGAGGUGUACAUAAUGCAAACAAUAUUAUAUAUAUAAAACAACUUACUUUAAUGAAUAUAUUUUAAAAAGUCGGAGAAAACACAUAAUCAUACACACGCGCACACGUGCAAGCACACUUUGUACAUAUAUACGUACAUACAUACAUACAUACAGACAGACAGACAGACAGACAGACAGACAUAACUAUGUGUGUGUUUGUGUGUUUGUGCGUAUAUACAGUAUUUGUAUUCAUGUUAUGCUCAGACGAAAUGAUGUUUGAACUCUCUUUUAUAAACUAUAUUGAAAUUAG